GUGAUGAUGAACUUGAGGCAGUUAUUUCCAACUUAUUUUUGCCAGAGCUUCUCAAAGAUGUUAGCAAAAAUAAUAAUUUCUGUGAGGAAACUGUUCCUUCCUAUACUGACAAACAGUUUUUUGAGCAUUUUAGAGUUUCAAGGCAAAUUUUUGCUACUUUAAAAAGAGAUUUUGAAGAGUCUGAGUUUUAUUCAAAGAAAGACACUGGUUUCCAGAGGAUAGACAGUGAAAAAUGUAUCCUGGCAUUUCUUUGGUUCACAAGCAAUGAGGGUGCAACAUUUAGAGAUAUGGCAGAUAGGUUUGAUCUGUCACUGAGUACCCUACAUGGCAUUGUCAACACCAUUGUACAUUUCUUAUCAAAUCU